UGGCGGGCGGGGGGGCUGCCCUCCGCCCUCCCCGGAGAUAAAGAGCGGCGGCCGCAGCCCGCCCGCGGCUCUCGGCGCCGCCGGCAGCAUGACGGCCAUCGGGGCGCAGGUGCAGCAGCUGCUGGCACACCGUAGACCACAGAAAUCCUUCUUUGAGACGCUCAUCAGGAGCCUGAUCAUCCUGUGCGUGGCGAUAGCCGUGGUCUUGUCGUCCAUCUCCAUCUGCGAUGGCCGCUGGCUCUUUGCGAGGGGACAGCUCUUUGGACUGUGGCACUUCUGCACCGUGAGCAACGACAGCGUCCUGAAGUGUGGCACAGACCUCAGCCUGGCCCAGGUGGAGGGGCUGAGCGUGGGGGUGAUUCCCAUCAGGAGCAUGGUGUCCUUUGCUGUUGUGGUUGCCAUAUUUGGGUUGGAGCUGCUGAUGGUGUCCCAAGUCUGCGAUGAUGCCCAUGCGAGGCGGAAAUGGGCAAUGGGUUCUGUUCUCAUCCUCGUCUCUUUUUUGCUGUCAGCCACUGGUGUUCUGAGCUUCUCCAUCCUGGUGAAGGAUCACCUCACCUUCACAGGCUUCACGCUGACAUACUGGUGCGAGUUCAUUGCUGCCUUUCUCUUCUUCCUUAACGGAAUCAGUGGACUUCACAUCAACAGCCUCACACACCUCAGAAAUGGGGUAGGCAAAAUCUAGGCACAAAGGAUGUACCUCUGCCUUUGUGUAAUCAGCUUUGCCAAUUAGACUGGAAGAAGGAGAGUCUAAUGAAGUUUGAAAAGGCUGCCCUGUCUUAGUUUGUGUGCAAGGAAGCAUGAGUCAGUCUUGAUGCCUGUAGAAGAUGUACCCACCCACUGAUCGGCACGGAGAGCUGAGCAACACCAGCCAAGCAGAGACUGGGACUGGCUGCUACUGCAAUAUGGUUUUCUGGAGGAGUGGAUUAAAGCAGAAGGUGUCCUGAUAAAUGUGCAGAGAUUUGGAAGACUGCAAUCUAUCCCACAUGUUGACCUGAGGCUUGCACAACAUUGGUAUUGCUGUGGAUUUGGUGUUGCUGUGCUUUUCCCCAUUUUCUGGAGCCUGUGGAGAGUGUGGUACAACUUCGGUGUGUCUCAUGGGUUUGUUCUGGCUCAGGAACAGAUGAUUUCUGCCUGGCCAUGUUCACUGGUGUGGAGUAUUGAAGCUCUUCACUGGAUCUUACUCCUUCAUUUUUCUUUCAAAAGAGAAGGCACACAGAACUUGAUCUGGUCACAGGUUUUGUUCCCUUCGGGCAUGUUCCUUUAUCUGUUCUUUUCUUAGUUUUUUGGAAACACUUCAGACAGAGGUGCUGACCUGGGGCCAGGGUAGGUGUUGGGUGAUGUAGCUGUAGAGGGAAGGGAUGUGAUGCUUUCCUCAGGCAGCAGUGCAUGUGGUUUGUGGUAUGCAGGUGUUUGUGGCCUCUCCCCAGUGUCACCACUCUCCUGCCAGCCCUGAAGGAUAUGUGCCAACUGGUCAACCAAACUGACUCUCUCACAACCCUUGCACAGUUUAUGGUAAUAGGGCAUUGCUCUUGUUUUUGGUGGUUUUUUUUGGUUGGUUGGGUUUUUUUGUUUUCUUUUUUUCUUUGGGGGCAAGAGGGACAAGUUCUGCAGGGGCUUCAUGGGCUGUUGUGGCUGAGCAGACCAUGCAGAGACCACCACAGCUUCUGGGCUGUGUUUUGGUUUCCACUGGGACAGUGCUUAUCCUGUAGCUGAAUCUCCUGUAACAUUUCUUAAGGGAGGAGAAAGUCCUAGAUCCUCCUGUCCUGAUCAGGUCCUUUUCUUCCUCUGACUAACAGUGAACCUGGGAGAAGUAGCCCAUGAUUGCCUAAGGAGGGGCUGAUGGGUGCAGCUCUAAUCUGUCACCACUUGUAGAAAUGUUGGGAGACCUGAGAGGCCAAAAUUAUUAUACUAAGGCUGGCCUUCCUCCUGCCAAUGUUUGAGUCAAAAUCUCUAACAUUAGUACAGCUUUGAAGUUCUCCAUGGUGUCUUAUGUAAAAGGAGAGAAGACUUCAUUUGUAGAGUAGAUUGCUCUACAUGUGUUCUCCCUGUCCAACACACAACACUAAGUUGCUCACAGUUAAAAAUGUCUUCAGAGUAUUUCAGGGUUUCUGGUUUACUGUUUGCUUUGUAUCCACUGGUAAAGCUGCUUAUAUCCUUGUUUUACAAUGAAUGUUUCUACACGUUUCAUCCCUUGUUAUGUACCUUGUCUGUUGAGCAAGGUUUUAGUUUCCUGUGCAACAAGUUUGACACAGUUUUUCACCUGAAACAAAUGCAUCAUAGCACAGAGGUCACAAACCUGUGUAUGUGAGCCAUGAGUAAACAACUUUGUCUUUGAAAGCUAAGAAUCUUAAGCUGUGCCUGAGCUGGAAUGUACCACACUUUGAUAAAUGUUCUCCUGUGGACUCACUUGCUUUCAGGACAGUCUCUGUUCCUUCUUUGACUUCUGUAACUCCUUAAGACAGCACUCCUAAGCCUGUUUUGCAAUGCAGGUUCAGACUUGGCUUGCUCUGGACAGUGCCAGUUGUACUUUUGCACAUGAAUCUGCUCAUCUUUCUGUCAACAUGGUGCAGAGCUGUGCUACCCAGACAGCUCCUGAAGCUCUUGUGAUGUUUGGAGCUUUGAUAGAGUUUCUUAGCCCAUUCUCAAGGACAAGGACUUGUGCCUGUGUCUCUGGAAAACUGCACUGUGUCUGUUCAUGAAGGUGCCUUUGAUUUGCUGGAUGGCACUGUUGAAGACAUGCUGCUGGGCUGAACUUGGAGAUGCUCUGUGAGCUGUUGCUGUUGGCUUUUGCAGAGCCAUUUAGGCCAAAUAGACCCUGCAAGUUCUAGUCCCCAGCUGUUGCACUUUGGUGUUACCAGGAGUACCUUAACUAACCAGUGAUCCAGCUGUGGUGCCUGGGGGUGCCCAUGUCAGGCAGGACAGCUCCUCUGCAUGUAAGGGUGUCUGUGGCUUGUCUAGAAACGUGAAUGUAGCUUCAGAGUGACACUCUGGUGACAUCCAGACUUGGAAAUGACUUCUGUGUGCUCACUCCCUCAUGCUAGCGGGAGGCUGUGCCUCCAUCCCUUUCCUUGGAAGGCAGCCAUAGCCAGACUGGGCUCCAGGCUGGUGCCUCCUGCUCGGGUUAGAGGGACACCGGACAAUUGGCCAUUGAGUUCACCCUAGACAUGGUGUGCAAUUUGGAAUGAUUUUUAGGAUACCCUCUGCCAGCUAAAGAAGAGGCCUUUUGUUGGGGGUAAAGAAUCCUCUGGGGAAAAUUGAGUAACUUUUUUUUCCAACUGUUUUUUUGUAUAGUACUACUCAAUUAUGCUGGGAAAAGAUGCAUUUUGACAGCUAAAUAUUACAAAACAAGAGUUGAUUGUUUUGGAGACAUCCUUAUAUAGAGCAACCUGUGCAGCAGUGGUCACUGUUCAUUUUCUGAAGCGUUUGGAAGUGUCAAGUAAUGUUCCUGAAGUUUGUUAAAUAAAGUGAUUUGAAAUAA